AUGACGGAAUUCCGUCCCAUAUUUUUUACAACAGAUUCUACUUCAGCAAGUUUUGUCCUUCAUCUUCUACCAUCACAAUGUGUAACUCCGGUUAACAGUGCUGGUCCUCGAGGCCCAAAUCCUGUUCAAAAUGCUGCUGUUGAUGUUCCAGUAAUAGUUCCUGGUUUGAUUGAUGCUCUCCUGGCACAAGGUGUGAUUUCAUUGAAGAAACAAAGCCUGGCACUGAAAGAGGAGAAGGAUAUUGUGGUAGGAUGUGAGUUUUUUGGCAUUGAUCUAAAUCUGCGUCGCGAAUCUGUGGUAAUCGGCUUGUAUGAGGGUGGUCUGCCAAUGCAAUGUAAAAGUUAUGGCCUCCGGUUCAAGUGUGAAGAGCAGCACAGCAUCCAUAUGGAUUGGCAUGUCAAGAAGAACCGGAUGUCCAAAACCCGCAAGCAGAAGCCCUCUCGUAACUUUUAUGCAACUACAAGCAUGUGGCUUGUUACUUAUGUAAAGGCUGAGGCUGAGGCAUUACCUUCUAGUGUAGUUUUAUGCGUUGCUGACACCAGUGGUAUGGUGGAAAAGAAAAGGAAGACUAGUGAUGAAGAAAUGGUCGUUCCUGCAGAUGAGGAUCAGAAUAAAUGUGCCUUAUGCACAGAUGCUUUUGUUGAGUUUUAUAGUCAUGAGAAAGAUGAGUGGAUGUAUAAAGGUUCUGUUUACUUGAAUGCGCCUCAGGGGCCAACGCUGGAGAUGGAUCGGUCACAGUUGGGUCCUAUAGUCCGUGCCAAAUGCUGCUCAGAGGGUAGUAGGAAACGUUUGCGCAGGACUUGA